AUGAAAACUCCUUCUUCAAAUGGAGCUUCUCCGAAUCCCGCAGAAGGAGAAAGGAGAAACAUAAACUCAGAGUUAUGGCACGCUUGUGCUGGGCCACUGAUUUCGUUGCCUCCAGCGGGAAGUCUUGUUGUUUACUUCCCUCAAGGUCACAGCGAGCAAGUCGCAGCUUCAAUGCAGAAGCAGACUGAUUUCAUACCGAGCUACCCGAAUCUUCCUUCCAAGCUCAUCUGCAUGCUCCACAAUGUUACAUUGAAUGCUGAUCCUGAGACGGAUGAGGUCUAUGCUCAGAUGACUCUUCAGCCAGUAAACAAAUAUGACAGAGAUGCACUGCUUGCCUCAGACAUGGGUCUUAAGAUCAACAGACAACCUAAUGAGUUUUUCUGCAAAACCCUCACGGCGAGUGACACAAGCACUCACGGUGGAUUUUCUGUACCCCGAAGAGCAGCUGAGAAAAUCUUUCCUGCUCUGGAUUUCUCCAUGCAACCUCCUUGUCAAGAGCUUGUUGCUAAGGAUAUUCACGACAACACAUGGACUUUCAGACAUAUUUAUCGAGGUCAACCAAAAAGGCAUCUGCUGACUACAGGAUGGAGUGUGUUUGUCAGCACGAAAAGGCUCUUUGCGGGAGACUCUGUUCUUUUUAUAAGAGAUGGAAAAGCGCAACUUAUGUUGGGUAUAAGACGUGCAAAUAGACAACAGCCUGCGCUUUCUUCAUCUGUAAUAUCAAGCGAUAGCAUGCACAUUGGAGUUCUUGCUGCUGCAGCUCAUGCUAAUGCUAAUAACAGUCCUUUCACCAUUUUCUACAAUCCGAGGGCUGCUCCUGCUGAGUUUGUGGUUCCUUUAGCCAAGUAUACCAAAGCUAUGUACGCUCAGGUUUCCCUCGGUAUGCGGUUUAGGAUGAUAUUUGAGACGGAAGAAUGCGGAGUUCGUAGGUAUAUGGGUACAGUUACCGGUAUCAGUGAUCUUGAUCCAGUGAGAUGGAAAAGCUCUCAGUGGCGGAAUCUUCAGAUUGGAUGGGAUGAGUCGGCUGCUGGUGAUAGGCCCAGUCGAGUUUCAGUUUGGGACAUUGAACCGGUUUUAACUCCUUUCUACAUAUGUCCUCCUCCAUUUUUCCGACCUCGGUUUGGUGGACAACCGGGAAUGCCAGAUGAUGAGAAUGACAUGGAGUCUGCGCUGAAGAGAGCAAUGCCAUGGCUUGAUAGUAGCUUAGAGAUGAAAGACUCAUCGAGUACGAUAUUUCCUGGUCUGAGUUUGGUUCAGUGGAUGAAUAUGCAGCAGCAGAACGGCCAGUUACCCGCUGGUGCUGGUGCUGCUGCUGCACAGUCUGGUUUCUUCCCGUCAAUGCUCUCUCCAGCCUCGGCGAUGCACAACAAUCUUGGCGGCGCUGACGAUCCCUCCAAGUUACUGAGCUUUCAGAUGCCGUCAGGAGGGAUUUCCUCAUCAAACCUCCAGUUUAACAAACCGAACCAGCAAGCUCCAAUGUCCCAGUUGCCUCAGCCACCAACUACUUUGUCCCAACAACAGCAGCUGCAGCAAUUGCUGCAUUCCUCUUUGAACCAUCAGCAACAGCAAUCGCAGUCUCAACAACAACAACAACAAUCGCUGCAGCAACAACAUCAACAACCGCUACAGCAACAGAGUCAGCAGCUACAACAGCAACAGAGCCAGCAGCUACAACAGCAACAGCAGCAGCAGCAGCUAAGAACACAGUCAUUGCAAUCUCAUUCGCAUCCACAGCCACAGCCACAACAGUUACAACCACACAAGUUGCAGCAAUUUCAGCUUCCUCAGAAUCAGCUUUAUAAUGGUCAACAAGCAACGCAGCAGCUUCAGGCACAACAAGCGUCUAUGCAUCAUUUGCAACCACAAGUAGUUUCAGGAUCAAUGGCAAGCAGUGUCAACGCGCCUUCUUCUAGCUCCAUUAAUCACAGCUUUCAACAGCAACAACAGUCAACACAGCUUCAACACACACAUCGCCAUUUAGGUGCUAGUACUAGCCAGAGUAGUGUAAUUGAAACCACCAAGGCUUCAUCUAAUAUGAUGUCCAUACCGCCUCAAGACACACAGUUUCCACGACAAGUAGAACAACAGCAGCCUCCUGGUCUUGUCAAGGGACAAAAUCAGCAAACGCCUAUGCAGCAGAAAUCUCAACAACAGAUAUUCCAGCAAAGUCUCUUGGAACAACCGCAUUUACAGUUUCAGCUGCUGCAGAGAUUACAGCAGCAGCAGCAGCAACAGCAACAACAGCAGCAAUUUCUUUCUCCAGGAAGCUCAAGUUUGCAGUCUCAGAUACUGCACCAACAGUUGCAAAGCCAGCAGCUGCAACAGAUGCCUUCUCUCUCACAAGGUCAGCAGCAGUUUCCGUCGUCCUGCACUAACAAUGGUUUAUCGACGUUGCAACCGCCUCAAAUGCUGGUGAGCCGGCCUCAGGACAAACAAAACCAACCGGUUGUUGGAGGGGUCAAAGCUUAUUCAGCCAUCACAGAUGGAGGAGAUGCACCUUCCUCUUCAACCUCGCCUUCCACCAACAACUGCCAGAUCUCUUCCUCAACCUUUCUCAACAGAACGCAAAGCGGGCCAGCAAUCUUGAUACCUGAUCCAUCGGUUGAUAUCUCUGGUAAUCUUGUUCAGGAUCUUUACAGCAAAUCCGACAUGCGGCUAAAACCAGAUCUCGUGAGCCAGCAAAAGUCCAAAGCUAGUUUAACAGAUCAUCAUCAACUAGAAGCAUCCGCCUCUGGAACUUCUUACGGUUUAGAUGGCGGCGACAACAACAGACAACAGAACUUCUUGGCUCCAACCUUUGGCCUUGACAGUGAUUCCAGAAACAGCUUGCUAGGUGGAGCUAAUGUCGAUAAUGGCUUUGUGCCUGACACGUUGCUCUCCAGGGGAUACGACUCCCAGAAAGAUCUCCAGAACAUGCUUUCAAACUAUGGAGGAGUGACAAAUGACAUUGGUACAGAGAUGUCUACUUCAGCUGUAAGAACGCAAUCUUUCGGUAUCCCGAAUGUUCCCGCCAUCUCAAACGAUGUAGCUGUCAACGAUGCUGGAGUUCUUGGUGGCGGAUUGUGGCCAACUCAGGCUCAACGGAUGCGGACUUAUACAAAGGUGCAAAAGCGAGGUUCAGUGGGGAGGUCAAUAGACGUCAACCGUUACAGAGGUUACGAUGAGCUGAGGCAUGAUCUAGCACGCAUGUUUGGGAUUGAAGGACAGCUUGAAGAUCCUCAAACAUCAGACUGGAAACUUGUCUAUGUUGAUCAUGAGAACGACAUCCUUCUCGUUGGUGAUGAUCCAUGGGAGGAAUUCGUAAACUGUGUUCAGAGCAUAAAGAUUCUUUCAUCAGCUGAGGUUCAACAGAUGAGCUUGGACGGAAACUUUGCGGGUGUACCGGUUACUAAUCAAGCAUGCAGCGGCGGGGACAGUGGCAAUGCUUGGAGAGGGCAUUAUGAUGAUAACUCUGCCACCUCGUUUAACCGGUGA